GUCUCGGUGCAGUGCAAGCCCGGCACUGAGAAUGACUUCAUUCAAGCUUCCGUUGAGAACGCCAAGAACAGUGUGAGGGAGCCGGGCAUCGCAAGGUUUGAUGUCCUUCAGAAUCAGGAGGAUGCGACCAAGUUCCUCCUCAUCGAGGUCUACCGCAGUGAGGCUGCUACCCUCGAGCACAAGGAGACCGCGCACUACAAGAAAUGGAGAGACACCGUCCAGGAUAUGAUGGCGCAACCUCGAUCGGCCUUGUGA